GGUUUUUUGAGCUCCAUGUAGUUCUUACUUGUCCAUCGAGUCGUGUGGAUCGAACAAGAAAGUGGAAAAAAAAUCAGGAAUAUGACAAUCACUUAUGUUACGGCUGGUCCAGAUGGCGAACAACCAAAUGCCUUCAGCUCCAAGGUCAUAGGUUAUAUCCCGAACCCACCUCCGCCGCAAGUUAAUUUAACCGUCGGAUAUCCUGGCUCCACUCGCCAAUUUAAUAAGCAACUUAAUGUGGCCUGUGCUGUGUUCUUUCUCUUUGUCUACGGCGGCAUGGACUUUGCCCACAGUGCGGGCUGGAAUCAGACCUUGAACACCACCGCCACCCAGUUGUUCAAGUGCAGUUGGUUUAUAGGAGUCCUCGCUGGUGCUGCUAUUGCCUCGGUGGCCAUGACCUUUCUGCCAAAGCUGCCCUUCUAUGUCCUCGGAGGUCUCAUGCAACUAACUGGAUCGAUCAUUUUUACUUGUGCCCCCUUCGAUUACGGACUACUUUUGGCCGCUCGUUAUGUAGCCGGUGCGGGAAUCGGACUGAUCACCGUUCCGUUUCUCAUCCACAGCGCCGAGGUGGCGACGGACAACCAUCGCGGUGUCAGCGGAUCAAUGGAGCAGUGUGGCCUGGCCUUGGGCAUUGCCAUACAGGUUAUCUACGACACGCAGUGGGUGGAUGACAAGGAGGCAUCCGUCAACGAGGUCCAUGGAAUCAUAGGAAUUGUCUUUUCCAUUCUGGGUCUGGGCAUGACAGCCCUUUCGAUUGAGUCGCCCAUUUACUUGCGUCGCAACCAGGAAACGAAGGCCCGCGACUGUCAUCGGAAGCUCUUGGGGAGCUUCAACAGCUCUGAAGAUCAGGCCUUCGAGGAGGCCAGGGUCUACGUGGCGGAGAGCCAGCAGAGGACGUUCUGUCAGGAGCUUUGGAGCUCGGUGGUGCCCUUUAUAAAGCUGCUGCUCUACCGCGGCUUUGUCGCCUUCUCCUUUUCCCUGCCCCUGUCCGCAUCCCUCAUCUCGAGCACUCUGAUGACCGAGGGCUACAUAUCCUGCUGGCCAGUGACGGUUUGGGGAUUGGUUCGUUUGCUCGGCGCUCUGGUCGCCCAAGGAUUUCUGGACAGGAUGGGACGCAAGCUCCUCUCGCUCGUGGGACUGCUCUGCAUGGCCAUCCUGAUGCUCUGCAUGGCCGUCUCCUACGCGAGUCCGGCCAACGUGCUCCUCAACUACUACAUUUACCAAGUGUGGAAGCUGGGAGUGGCCUUCCAGGCCUUCGCCGGACUCUUCGUGUGCAGCUCAUCCGUCUAUCUGGGCGAGGCUUUUCCCUUGAAAGUGAAGCCCUUCCUCGUGGGAUAUGUGGUGGGCUUCGAACAGACGAUCCACAUCAUUAACAUUGUUGGCUACAACCGGGGCUCCGACAAUUUCUUCUACCAUUACUAUUUGUCUGUGGGAAUCAUAUUGUUGGUGGGAGUGAUUUUCUUCGGUAUCGUCGUUCCAGAAACAAAGAAAAUUACUCUUCGAGAGGCGAACAAGCGGUUCCAGCGUGUGCUCAAUAUUAAAUUAUUUUAAAAAAUAAA